AUGCAGUUCACACCUUUUGCUUCCGAUAUCGAACUGCCUUUCUAUACAUCUCUAGCAUCCCAUAAGAUUAACCAUGACAAGCUAGAUGACUCCGCCCGGGCCGUGCUGGGCCUAUAUGAGAUCCGCCCUUCGGAUCCUGAGGCCGCAUCUUGUCGAAUUCAGAUACAUGGAAAUGCCCUCACUGGCAGCGAGGGACCCACCGGCUAUUACAGGGCGGAAGGAAUGAUCAAAAAUGUCAAUACGGUCGAAGAAUACCGAAACAUGGAUAGGCCCCAGUUGCUUCACCAAGCUGGACAGACGGUUUGGGAUUCAAUCAAGGACGGAACAAUUUUCUCAUGUCCGUCAUUACUAGCCAGCUUCAUUAUCGUAUCCUUUGCCGACCUCAAGAAAUACAAUUUUCAUUACUGGUUUGCUUUUCCGGCAAUUCACUCCGACCCCCAUGGGUUCCAGUGCAGACAGCUAGUCAAGUGUCUCAGUCAUCUCAAAGCCAAAGCAUUGAUUCUGUCAACGGGAGAUACCUAUCUCCGUGUGAAAGCACGACCAUCGUGGAAGCCGUGGAGACUUGGUCUUAUGCUGUCGAUCAUCGACAACGAGCACAAAAGGGACAAUGGUCAAUAUAGCGAAGAUGUCGAACUGGAAAUCAACUGGCAAAUAGCGUCACUUUCGGAAUACGAAAAUGGGUUCUUCAACAACACAGCCGAUGAGGACCGUUAUGUUUGUUUUGCAGACCCGUCGAAUUAUGAACAAGCACCAGGGUGGAUGUUACGAAAUUUACUCGUUUUGGUAAGACAGCGAUGGGGCCUUGAUCGAGUACAAAUCCUACGGUAUCGUGACGUGCACUCAAGGCGUGAACAGGGCCGCAGCAUGGUCAUUCAACUUGAAUCAAGCAGAACACAAGAGGUGCAACCACCAAAAGCAUCAAUCACAGAAGUAUCACCACUACCAAAGGUGACCGGAUGGGAACGCAACCCAGCAGGAAAGUUGUCUGGAAGAAAUGUUAAUCUCACGGAUUACAUGGAUCCUAAAAGAUUGGCUGACCAGUCGGUUGAUCUCAACCUCAAACUAAUCAAAUGGCGAAUUAGCCCAACUCUCAACCUCGAGAAAAUCAAAAACACCAAAUGUCUAUUACUCGGAGCCGGCACCCUGGGCAGCUAUGUGGCUCGAAACCUGCUGGGCUGGGGCGUGAAGAAAAUCACGUUUGUCGACAAUGGAUCUGUUUCGUUUUCUAACCCCGUCAGACAGCCUCUAUUCAAUUUUACCGAUUGCUUGAAUGGUGGAGUCCGAAAAGCACAUAGAGCGUCCGAAGCCCUAGCCGAAAUUUACCCCGGAGUGGAUUCCGAAGGCCACGCCAUGUCGGUACCCAUGGCAGGCCACCCCAUUGUAGACGAGAAAGCAACAAAGGACGAUUUCGAGACACUGAGGAAGUUAAUCGAUGAUCAUGAUGCUAUUUUUCUUCUCAUGGACACACGGGAAUCACGAUGGCUACCAACGGUAAUGGGAAAAAGCGCAGGGAAGAUCGUUAUGAAUGCUGCCCUAGGCUUUGACACAUUCGUUGUCAUGCGGCAUGGCAUGAAAACUAACAACACAUCAUCGGAACUCGGAUGCUAUUUCUGCAAUGAUGUUGUUGCACCGGCCAACUCUAUCAAGGACCAAACCCUGGACCAGCAGUGUACCGUGACCCGUCCAGGAGUUGCUCCUAUAGCAUCUGCCCUCCUUGUGGAGCUUUUGGUGUCACUUCUUCAACAUCCUCAAGGCGCUGCAGCACCAGCCCCGAUGGCGAAAAACACCGAGAGCGAUGAGCAUCCUCUAGGCAUUGUACCCCAUCAAAUUCGAGGGUUUUUAUCCACAUUCGAGAAUUUAUCCGUCACUGGCCAAAGUUACCAAAGCUGCAGUGCCUGUUCGGAGAAAGUAGUUGGUGCAUAUCGCGAGAAUGGUUGGAAUUUCGUGCGAAGGGCUUUGAAUGAACCCGGCUACGUCGAGGAAUUGAGUGGACUCAAGGAGGUUCAUGAAAAGGCGGAAGCAGCACUGGCGAAUAUUGAAUGGGACGAGGCAUCUGACAACGAAGAGAUCGAGAUCCUCUAG